AUGUUUAUGAAAAUGAGAUCUGAUAAGUCGCAGUCGGCAUACAAAAGCUGCUGCAUUUCAUGAGGGCAGAUGUGGGACCAAAUAGGGUGGGUUUGCUCUGAGGAAAUGCAAGCAAAGAGCAACAAUUUCAAACAAAAUUGUGAUGACAGAAGAAAAUGCAAUAACUACACCAACACACUUAAAGAAUUGGCUCAGAUGUUACCCAUACCACUAAGGACCAGUUGUAAGAGGUUGACCAAGAAAGAAAUCCUGCUCCGAGUCCUUCGCUACAUAGAACAUCUGCAGACCAGCAUCGAUAGAGCCAGGUCACUGCUCCAAGGUCGUGGUGAGGAACAAAAAGCAGCUGGAUCUCAGCCGGUGGCGAUACCUGCCCUGAAGAGAGAGCGCAGAGAAGUCACACCACGGGCAAAAAAUCCCAAGCCCCUGGCUGUCUACAAGAAACCCAGAAAGAGGAGACGGAUGCGCAAAUCAGAUCGGUGUGGUGGUGUGAACAGGAAAGUGUGCAAGUCCCUUGCUCUGGAGGCUGGAAAGGACUCUGCCCAUGCUGUGCCACACCUGGAGGAAGAGAGUCUGCCUGAUGUGGGAGAUGUGUCUUCUAUACUUUCAUCCUUCCAGAAGCCAUCCACUUCCUUUCCCAAUUUUAAAGUUCCAUUACCAGAGCCUAACCAGACUGCAAACGCUAAUCUUCUGGAUCUCACCAAAAUUGGAGUCCCGUUUGAUCACGCAGGCUGGAAUUUUGAUGGUGACAAGGAAUAUAAGGAUGAGAAUACAUUUUCUGUGUACAAAGCACAAAUGGCUUACAAUAAACUGCAUCAAUACAGUGGGGGGCCUGGACACACAUUAGUGAGACAAGAGCUCGUGCACUAUCACUCCUCUUGUGAAGAAGAGGAGGAGGAAGGACCCACAGCCAGUCCUUGGCUCUCCAUCCAAUCCCCUUUGAAGUUCUCUAGUGGUAACUUGCAGCUGUCUUCCCCUGGGAUUGGAACCCGGAGCCACAGCUGUUCCGAUUUGGGGUUGAGCCCUUCGCUUUUCUCCUCCCCUGCUCGGCUGCUCCCCCCGCACAUCCUCCAAGGUGUUCCGGAGGAGCUUUCUCCAGUAUUAUUCGAAGAUGCGUAUUUGUCCCCUCAGUGCAGCAGCUUUUCGCACACCCCUGCUGGAACGCUGUUGAGAAAGUCAGCGUUCACGCUGGAUCACUGUUACCUUUCCUACAGCGAAGCAGGUAAAACGGAGUCCAGCCCCAUGUCAAGAGUGAAUGAAAUAUUAUCCUCGUGGAGCGAACAAAUCCAAGAGGAGCCGCCCCCGGUGAGAGCCGAAGGCCCCGGCUCCUCCAGCGAGGAGAACAGCGACAGCACCUGGACCCCCUCCUUCCCCAGGGCCAAGGCCUUGCCAGGAGGCCCCCGGAGGAAGAAGAAGAAGAAGAACAGGAAGAAGCAGAAGCAGAAGAAGAAGGUGGCCGGGGCGGGCAGGAGAGCCCGGCGUCCCCCGGCGGGCGCUGAGAAACGCAGCAACGCCUCCUCGCCCCCCCUGCAGCUGAAGAAGAAGUGCGUGAACGGCUUCAUCAUGUUUUGUCGCCUGAACCGCAAGCACUUCAUCCGCACUUGCCCAGGCAUGGCUUCCACUGCCGCUACAAGGGAGCUGGCCCAGCUGUGGCGCAUGAUGACAAAACAGGAGCGGAAGCCAUAUUGCAUGAAAGCUCGCCGAUUCAGUCGCCUCAACAACCGAAUUGUGAGAGACGACUUCUCCAGCGGCGAUGAGGAAGCGGAACCGCCCAAACCCUUCCACCUGCUGCUUGCAGAGAAAUCCAUUCCUGGCACCCAGACAGUGGGCAACGUCUCUUUGUUAGGCUGUAUUCCAUGAUUCUUCCCCGCUGGGAUGGUAACGUAUCUCUUAUUCAGUGGGGUCUGGAACAUUCUCUCUGCCGAUGAGGUUGGACCUUCCCUACCCAGGGUUCUGCAGUAGAGCGUGUGCCUGCUCCAUUUCAGCAAAGUAUCAAGCAACAAGAGCUUUACUUGGUCUCGUUGACAGGGGGAAUGUAGAGAAGCAACAACAAGGAAGGAGGCCAUUUGCCCUGUUUCUCCCCAAAACAUCAGCUUUCCCCAGCUAUUUUCCUUGCUAUUUUCCUUGUACCAUAUCCCACCACCAAAGUUUCAUCUGUCGUUAGGCAUUUGGGUUUCCCGAGCAGAACGAAGGUUAUCAGUAGAUGGAAUGGGUUUUUCCCCCCAUAUUUCCAGAUGUUCCAGUCACUAAGGUCCUACAUAUGCGUGUUCUAUGUCCAAAAUGGAUCUCUAGUGAUCUUGAACAAAGCAGGAUCAACUGCAGGCAGGAAACGGGAGGAGGAAGGGGAACCACCAGCUCUAGAUGACAGGACCAUGUGGGUCUAUUUGAGAACAUGCCAAGUUUGAGAUUUUAUAUUAACUUUUAUCCUUGAUCUAAAAGCACAAAUGAAUUUGAAAGGAUCUGCUUUUAAAAAUAAUUUUAAUGGGCUGGAGACAAACAUCUAAGAUGUAUAUUUAUUGUCUGAGCUUUUAUCUGCCCUUCGUCGCCCACAGCUCGGUGCCAUAGAUGUUCUCAGAUCCACCCCACCAGUUUAGUUACCAGCAGUUUAGUUCCAUAUUUGGGGAGUACAAAUGGAAUUUUUGAGGUCCAUACAGGCUCGCUUGUUCCACACCAAGUUUCAGGCUUUAUCACAUAGUAAAUGGUUUCUAGAUGUUUUAAACUUUUAACUGAGGCAAGUCCAUUUCAGAGCUUGCUCUGGGUGGCAUUGAGUUCCCACUGACCCCGUUAGGUGGGCCAGUACCUCAGAAUCCUAAAGGAGGAAUGAACCUGCAGGUUUGCUUUUGUUCAAGGAGAGUUAAGAAGUUUUAAAGAGACGAAACUGGUUCUGAGCUAAGGAGGGUUAAUGCCUCAUAUUGAGAAGGGAGAAUUUUGUCUUUAGGAGGAGCUUAAAUCAGACUCUUAUAUUUCUGGUUGGUUUGGGUUUUGUUUCGGUGGAAUGCUGAGUCACCCCUUUCCUCUUGUCGAUUGUGUCCUCCAUACACGGAUCAAUUUGUGUUUGAAAUACUGUUUUAAGCUUCAAUGGAUCUUUCCAUUGUUUUUACCUAUUUAUAUAUU